AUGUUGCUCGACGAAGAUCCCGCGACCCUCAUCCACCAUACAGCAGGAAACUUCCACAUCGCGCCCGACAAAGCCGCAGUAUCACGCAUCAACGACUCCCUCUCAACCCUCGAGCAAGCGCGCAAUCUUCGCGUACGAGAAGCAGAAAGCGCAUUAAAAAAACUCUCUCGCACUCUCACAACACUAAACAACAACCAUGCCGACACCCUCCAAAACCACUCAUCCACCGCACACGCCUCCCUAAUCUCAAGUCUCGACACACAGAAAUUCCGCAUCGCGAAAACAGCUACAGAUCUCGAGAUCGAAACCGAGCGAUUGUCGUCGCAACUGGCGGAUUUGCAGGCACGGUUGGCGGAAUUGGAGGCGCAGGGUCCGGAAGGUGGAGAGAGGAAGGAGAGUACGGUGGAUGACGAGACGAGUUUGAAGUUGGCGGUGUUUAGGGGCAUGGGUCUGGAGGCUGUGAAGGAGGGGGGAGAGUAUGGGAAGAUUGUUAUCAGGGAUAGUAGGAGGGGGGAUGUUAAUGUGGUCAAUUUUGAGCAGGGGAAGUUGAGUAGGCAUUUUUAUGCUAGUCAUUUUUGGAGUGUUUGUUAA